AUGGGCAACCUUUACAGGAUCAUGGUAGACAUUACUCUGACUUGUCAUAAAAUUUAUGACGCAAUUAAGAGUAAAGAUGAUGAAAUCUUUUCUGGUAUUGAGGCCAAAGACUUGGAUCUUUGGAAGGUAAAAAUCAAAAAUGAUGAUGAUGAGAUUUUUUCAAAACUUGAUCUAAGGAGUAACGAUACGGAAAACAUAAAAAAGAUUCGAGGGAUAACAAUUAGUGAAUUUUGGGAAGAACAGCCUCCCACUGAUUGUACUCAUGUUAUUGCCGAUUCACGGUAUUUGUCCUUGUUAAGAGAUUUUCCUUUGCAAACAAGAUUGAAUCAAGAACUUACUGAGGAAACUACUCAGAAAACAGACGAAAAACGUUACAUUUCAAGAGGUUCUCGUCAAAUUCAGGAUGCCGUUGCUGAAAAAAUCAUUAUUCACGGUGAUGAAUUAUGGGUCAAUAAAAAAUAUCAAGGAGUACAAGUUAGCAUAGGCUGUAAAGUAAUAGACGUUGAUAAAGUAUGUCCAAUAGUUGCUCUUAUUGACAACGAAGAUGAAGAAUCCAAAUUAAGCGAAUGGACACAGCUUGAAAAAUGGCUUUUAUCUCAUUACAAAGAGCGUACUAACGUUAAUCUAGAUUUAAACAUAAUCAUGCCAGUGAAAACAUCCGUCUAG